AUGAAGACCCAUAUGUUGCCUGUUGCUCCGAUUGAGUCUGAAAACUCGAUCGUCAUUUCGGGUAUAUCGGGUAAAUACCCGCGCUCGAACAGCGUGGAAGAGUUUGCGCAAAACCUGUAUGCAAAGGUUGAUCUCGUAGAUGAUGAGGAGGAUCGCUGGGACCAUAGCCACCCGGACAUACCGAAGCGACUGGGCAAGUUGAAAAACUUGGGAAAAUUCGAUGCGGACUACUUCGGUUGCACCCUCAAGGAGGCACAUACGAUGGAUCCGCAACAACGUCUCCUGCUGGAACACUGCCAUGAAGCGAUUCUAGAUGCCGGCUUGCAUUUGGAUGAUCUGCGCGGUUCCCGGACGGGCGUAUUUGUUGGUGUCGCAAUCUCCGAGACCGAGACCUACUGGACGUACAAGAAAGUUCGUUUUCCCUACAAAAAAGUCAUGCUCGGCUUUUCUAGAAGCAUGAUCGCCCUCAAGAUAGCUUACGCACUGGACCUGAAAGGACCUGUCCUCGCACUGGAUACGGCGUGCAGCAGCUCGAUGUACGCCCUCGAUCGAGCCUGUAAGUCGAUUCGGCAGGGUGAAUGUGAUGCUGCCCUCGUGGCCGGAACCAAUCUGACACUUCAUCCGUACAUCACACUGCAGUUUGCGCUGCUGGGAGUGUUGGCCGCUGAUGGAUUCUGUAGGCCGUUCGAUAAGAACGCCUCGGGGUACUCGCGCUCUGAGGCGAACGCGGUUAUUCUGCUCCAGAAGGCCAAGGACUCGAAGCGUAUCUAUGCGCACGUUGUCAACACGAAAACCAACUGCGACGGAUACAAGCUCGAGGGCAUUACGUUCCCUUCAAAUAAGAUCCAGAAGCAACUACUGGAUGAGCUGUAUUCGGAGGUGCCUUAUGACCCUAAGGACGUCAGCUACGUGGAGGCUCACAGCACUGGAACGGUCGUGGGUGAUCCGGAGGAAUGCGACGCAAUCGACAAGGUGUUCUGCACCGGAAGGACCGGACCACUGUUGGUUGGGUCGGUGAAAUCGAACAUUGGCCACUCGGAAGCAGCCGCUGGCAUUUGCUCCGUAACGAAGUGCGUCAUUGCGAUGCACAACUGGCUGAUUCCGCCGAACAUUAACUACACCGAACCCCGCACCGAUGUACCAUCGUUGCUGAACGGGAAUCUAAAGGUGGUGGACAAUCCAACUCCCCUCGGAGGGCCUCUGGUAGCGGUCAACUCGUUCGGUUUCGGUGGAGCAAACUGCCACGCUCUGCUACACGCUAGCACGAAACGGAAAGCGCCUAUCAACAUUCCCUCGGAUGACCUUCCUCGUUUGGUUGUGUGGAGUGGACGUACUGUAGACGCGGUUGACUACUUCUUGGAUGGUCUUGGCAGACAGAAAUUUAACACCGAGCUGUACGCCUUAACGCACAAUAUCCAACGGAAGGCACUGGCCAAAAUGACCGCCCGUGGCUACGCCAUCUUUGCAGCCGGUAACAAUGGCAGCACGGUGUCCCUACAGAAGAACGUAGCGAAGGCCAAAAAAUCGGUUCCCAAAUUUACGCUGGUUUUUGGCCAAAUGGAUUACGACUGGCAGGUGACGGUGCGUGCCUUUGAACAGUUUCCUCAGUUCAAAGCGACGUACGAGCAGUGCAAGCACCUGCUAAAGGCACCAGAGUACGCAGGCAUCUUUAGCACAGGCUUCCAGUCGAACACGUUGCAUCGUGCCGUUUGGACACUGGUAAUCCAAAUUUCCAUCUACAACGUACUGAAAGCUAUCGGCCUGAAAGUGGAUCAUUACGGUGGAUACUCGAUCGGUCAGAUUACCUGUGCCUACAUCGAUGGGGUGAUAACGCUUCCCGAUGCCAUACGCAUUGCGUUCACCCACGGCGCACUGCUCGUCUCAUACAACAAUCCGGAAACAUUCAACUAUCGGGAAAUCAUCAUGGAUAAAACGUUGAACACCAAACUGGCGACCGUUUUGCAGUCGUUUCCGAUGGCAAAACCCAGUGAACGGUGGAUCAACGCAACCUCUGUGCUGUCGUUCAGAAUCUACGACCCAAAGUGCUCGAAUCAGCUGUUCAACAGCAUCGAGAGUGAUGCGAUCGUACUGCAACCUCUGCCAUCGAUCCAAUCUACCGAUAAUAUUCUUAAAAGUUUCCUAGGAACUAUAGGCCGCGCUUUCAUCAACGGACAACACUGCAACCUACUACACCUAUACCCCACGGUGACUUUCCCCGUUUCACUAGAAACACCGAUGAUCUCUUCGUUGAUCCGCUGGGAUCACUCGCGCGAUUGGCAUGUUAGCAUCUUCCGCACGAACCGAAUGGUCCACCAAGGGAACAAUCUUCAUACCGUUUCACUUGCUGAGCAAGACUACAUAGCCGGCCACUGUAUCGACGGAAGGAUUUUGAUUCCGGCCACGCAAUACCUCGCCCUUGUCUGGGACUCUCUCGCCAGCAAGACUGGUAGCAUAAUAAACGAGGUGCCCGUGAAGUUCUUAGAGGUAGAAUUUCUACGCGCGACUACUUUAACCACCGGCCAGGCGGUGUCACUGAGCGUGAAAAUCCAAGAAGCAAGUGGGUACUUUGAGGUGAUUGAAGGUUCGGUAAUUGUUGUGAAAGGAUACAUCCAACCACUCGAGAAACAUGAGCCGAAGCCCAUCGAACGUAAGAAUACACAAGCAGUGAUUCUUUCUACGAAGGACUUUUACAAAGAACUUCGGCUUCGUGGAUACCAUUAUGGCGGUGUGUUCAAAUCCAUCAUCGAAUCAACAAGCGAUGGUUCCUAUGCUAAGAUCGAGUGGAAGGACAAUUGGACUGCACUGUUGGACUGCAUGUUGCAGGUGGCGAUCAUUUCUUUCGAUACUCGAUCGUUGAUGAUUCCCACUCGUAUCGAUUGCAUCAAAAUUAAUCCAUUGCAGCAGAAAACAUCACAGCAACAUACUGAUGAGGGAGUACCUUACUACAGCGUUUACUUUGACCGCGAUCUGAACUUACUCCAAUGUGGAGCUAUCGAGAUUCGAGGACUCAACGCAAGUACCAUCGCUCGUCGACUUCCGCCCGGUGUGCCUGUCCUGGAAAGCUAUCGUUUCCUGCCGUACUAUCCACAACAAGUACUACAACCGGCGGAUGUGGCAUCGAUCAUCGUACAAACGAUUCUCGAGAAUCAAGCUACGAUCUUUUUCAAUGUCACCGAAAUUCAUUCUCCAACAAGAGCUCCCAUCAUUUCGCUCUUUGGUGAUGCAAUCGGUGAUCUUCCGCUUGUGAAAGCACAUCUUACACUGAUCUCCAGUGAUAAGCCUGAGCCCAUACCAAACGUGAUCAUCUCCGAGGACAAACUCAUGAAACAACGUAACGUGUUGCUGCUCAUUUGUGAGAACCUAUUCACCGACGAUGAGUUUAUCUCCGAUGCCAUCAACUGUCUGUCUGAUCAAGGAUUUAUUCUCCUGCGGGAGUCACAAGACUAUACCCUCACAGAAGGCCAUCGUCGGCUCCAACUGGUAAGCACGUUCUCCGUUGAAGAUGAAAAGUUCCUUCUCUACCAGCAGAAGAAGUCUUCCUUGAGUUCAACCGUAGAUGCUCACGUCAUCAAGGUAUCCAGCAACGAUUCUACUCUUUCUUGGUUAUUGGAACUUAAAGAUGAAGUUAAAACCAAACCUAUCAUUCUGUACGCACAAAACGAUCCAACCUCAGGCAUUAUUGGAUUGGUCAACUGCAUCCGGAAGGAGCCCAACAUUCAAAACGUCACCUGUUUCUUCAUCGAUGAUUCGUCUGCACCGCCCUUCGACCCCACGCAUCCAUUCUACAAGGACCAAGUGGAGCUGGGACUUGCUAUCAAUGUGUAUCGUAAUGGCCAAUGGGGUAUCUAUCGCCACUUCAAGUUGCACGAACAACGGUAUAACGAAUCUGUGACGAAACACUGCUACGCGAAUUGUAUCAAGCCAGGAGAUCUUUCCUCUUUUACCUGGAUGGAAGGGCCACUAACCGAACGACCAUUGUCUGAUCUCAGAAUCAAAGUUGUCUAUAGCUCCUUGAACUUCCGAGACGUUAUGCUCGCUACCGGUCGUUUGACGAUAGAAACAUUCUGCACCAAUCGGCUAGCUCAAGAAUGUGUGCUUGGGUUGGAAUUCUCCGGUGUUACCGCCACCGGGAAACGAGUCAUGGGCAUUGUGCCUGCCGGUUCGAUGGCUACAGUCAUUGAAGCCGAUCCGCUCUUUCUUCUUGAUGUACCGGAUGAGUACUCCUUGGAGCAAGCGGCCUCCAUACCCACCGUAUAUGCCACCGUCUACGGUGCAUUUUUUGUCUGUGCAGACAUUCGAAAAGGCAAAUCCAUUCUCAUCCAUGCCGGAACAGGAGGUAUCGGCCUAGCGGCCAUUCGAGUGGCCCUAGCUUACGGUCUGGAAGUAUUUACAACAGUAAGCACUAAAGAGAAACGAGAGUUCCUGUUGAGCUAUUUCCCCGACCUGAAUUCGAACAACAUUGGAAACUCCAGAGACACCACCUUCGAGAGACUCGUCAAAGAACGUACAAACGGCCGAGGUGUUGACUUCGUACUCAACUCACUGUCCGAGGAGAAACUCCAGGCAUCCAUACGCUGCCUUGCCAAGGGUGGGCAUUUUCUGGAGAUAGGAAAAUACGACAUGAUGAAGGAUUCCAAGAUUGCAAUGUCUCUGUUCCAGAAAGGCCUAUCAUUCACGGCCGUCCUCUUGGAUCUUAUGUUCGUAGACCGUCGGGAUCUCAUGAAGGAAGUAUACAAAACGCUUACCGUCGAUAUGGCGAAAGGCAUCAUUAAACCGCUUCCUACGACCGUCUUCCAAGCGCACGAGAUCGAGCAAGCUUUCCGUUACUUAGCAACCGCUAAGCACAUUGGUAAAGUUGUGCUCAAGAUCCGAGACAACGAAGAUGAUGUCGCCUCGGUUCCUAUCUCGUACCUUCCGCGAGUCUACUGCAGUCCCGAGCAAAGCAUGGUCAUAGCUGGAGGUUUGGGUGGAUUCGGCCUCGAGCUAGCCGAUUGGCUGAUCAUUCGUGGUUGCCGGAAGGUGCUCCUCAGCUCUAGCAGAGGUAUCACAAAGCCUUAUCAACAAUACCGUAUCAACACGUGGAAGAGUUACGGAGUCCAGGUGCGCAUUUCUACGGAGGAUAUUUCCACCGAAAAUGGUUGCCGUCGACUGUUGCUACAAGCCAAUGAGAUGGGACCCGUGGCCGGAAUCUUCAAUCUGGCCGUCCAACUCAGAGACGCCAUCAUGGAAAACCAAUCGGUGGAUAAGUUCGCCGAAUGUCUCGCUCCAAAAGCCACCGCUACCCACCAUUUCGAUGUAAUAAGCCAGGAGCUUUGUCCCAUGCUGAAAUAUUUUGUCGUUUUCUCCAGCGUAUCAUGUGGCAGAGGCAAUGCCGGCCAAUCCAACUAUGGUAUGGCUAACUCCGUUAUGGAGCGUAUCAUAGAACGUCGAACUUCCGAAGGAUUACCGGGCAAGGCCAUUCAAUGGGGAGCCAUCGGAGAGGUUGGUAUCGUUGCGGACAUGCAGGAGGAUAAACUCGACAUGGAGAUCGGAGGUACGCUGCAACAAAGACUUACCUCCUGUAUCCAGGUGCUUGAUCAGUUGCUUACGACGGACGAUCCUAUCGUGUCCAGCAUGGUCGUGGCUGAAAAGCGCAGCUCCAGUGGCGGUGCUAAGAACAUUGUCGAAGCCGUCAUGAACAUCAUGAACAUUCGCGACAUGAAAUCCGUCUCCAUCGAGAGUACUCUCGCCGACAUCGGCAUGGAUUCCCUUAUGGCCGUCGAGAUUAGACAAGUGCUGGAGCGUGAUUUUGACAUUCUUUUAACCCCCCAAGAUCUUCGCACGCUCACUUUCUCCAAGCUGCAAAAGCUGGCCGACGCCAAGGCAGAAAACGAGGCGGCCGAAGUUGUCAACAAACAGCUCCAGCUGGAAGACUUGUUGGCCAGCUUCGGUGACGAAGCCGAUAGCCACCAUACCGUGCUGCGACUGCCUUCAAAGUCAGACGAUCUCCAGUAUGAGCGGGCCGUUCUUAUCAUCCCUGGCAUUGAGAGUGUUUGCAGUCCACCGUGGGUGAAGAUUGCUUCCGAUAUCAAUGCCCCAACUUUCAUGUUACAAUCCUUUGCCAACUCUGCCGAUGAACAAACGGUUCCUGGCAUCGUAGACUCCGUGUUUGAUGAAAUGUUCCAAACUGUCUUUGCGAAAUGCGAACAGUUUCUGGUCAUCGGAUACUCGUUCGGAUCCCUACUGGCCCUGGAUAUCGUAAAGCGCCUGGAAGCUCGGUCCCUGCGUGGAAAAUUGAUGCUUAUUGAUGGCUCUCCACUGUACCUGCAGCGUUUUGCCAGCAAUCACUUUUCCGUUGUUGAGGACGAGCAGCUGCAGAUCGCAGUCCUUACGCUUGUGCUCUCGUUUGUGCUGCCCACUACAACGCCAGAAAUGAUCGGAACGAUCAUGGAGCAAGGCACAUACGCCCAACGUAUUACGAAAACGAUGGAAAUCGCACGCGAUUCGAAUCCCUUCUCCGAGGAGUAUUCGCGCAAAAUGUUGCAAGUUCUGUUCAACAGAAUCAAAGCGGCAAUGAACGUGUCUGUCGAAGCGAAGACAAAGCUACACUCACCACUGAUCCUAGUGCGCUCGGGGAUGAUCUGCGACAUCGAGGAGGAUUAUGGAUUGAAAGAGUUUACCACGUCGUCGAUGAUCGUCAAAAUUAUCGACGGAACACAUCAGACGAUCCUAGCGAACCCCGAGUUGAUUGAGAUCAUCAACAAGGACACUCUUUAA